AUGAAUACCUUGUGGUUUAUCAUAUUAUUUGCCAUUGGACUGAUCGCAAUCCGCGGACACUUUGAGUUCAACAAUGUUCGCUGCUUGAUGCGGGAUCGGAACUUCAUGGAAUUUGACUACUGCUAUCUGAGAUCCGUGAAUCGCACCUACAAAUACUUGUCGUUGAAAACCAAAAUUCACCAUCUUCCUAUUACAAACACUGCGGUCAGAAUGGAGAUACGGCUGCGGGAGAACAAGAGAAUCCUGUACAACUUCAAUGUCCGCUUCGACGGAUGCAAGUUCAUGCGCGAGCGCAACAACGUCAUUGUCAACUGGUUUUACCAAACCAUUGUCGACUACACGAAUUUGAACCACACCUGUCCCUACAACUUCAGCAUAUAAACAAGAUGAUCCAGAAUGUCGUGCCGGAUGGGCGAUAUUAUUUCAAUAG